AGCAAUUGACAGAAGCAAGCAGCAGAUAUUGAUGGUUGAUGAUAAGAUUGAUAAGAUAGAUUCUGCAAAAAGCAAAUCUAAAAUCUAUAACGUUGUGAAAUUUAUGAUUUUUGUGAUAAAAAGAAGCGAAUUAUAAGUUUGAUUCAACGUAAUUGUUGACUGUGAAUAUUAUUUGCUGGUGAUAACUACUCCAAACAAAAUGCCUAAGCAGCAUUAUAACAAACAACAAACACCAUGGGUGGCAAGAGACCAGAGGGAUAGGGACUUCCGAGACUUUGCAGACCGUAGAGUACAUUUCAAAUCUAAUAGAGGUGGUGGCAGAAAAGACAACAAAGGUAGAGACUGGGGCAAUGCCCUCAGAGAGCAUCUUCAGGAUGAAGAUGUGGAUAUGGGAUUCUCUGCAUCAGGUUCUGGCAGAUCAAACAAGUUCAACAAUAGGGGAAAGAGGGGAAGGAAAGGUUCCCCAAUGCCUCCUUCUAAUGGAAAGAGAAAGUUGAUGGAAGGACCCACCAACUGGUAUAAAGUUUCAUUGCCCCAUGGUGACAAAUUUGAUAAGGAAUUUAUCCUAAAAUCCUUGAUGGAUAAAAUGGCUCCUUCUCCUUUUUGGCCAAUUGCCUGGAAAGUAUAUGGAACCACCGUAACAUUCUACGUUGAUGACUAUAAAAUAGCGGAAAAAUUGAACAACCUCGACAGAGAGAUCCAAAUGCCGAAUGGCUUCAGACUGUUCGUCAGAGUCCAUGCCGGUUGUCCCAAUGUCGACAUGAAUGCGGCUACCAAAGAAAAAAUGAAAUUGGUCAUGGCGAAACGUUACAAUGAUGCUACCAAAGCGCUGGACCUCACUCGAUUUCAUGCCGAUCCCGAUUUGCAAGAUUGUUUUUGUGCUUUGUUCAAACCCAUCGUAUUUUUGGCCGUAGUCGACAUCAUAGGAGAAAACAUACCCCAAUUGGAGGCGUUGAAUUUGUAUGAUAAUAAAAUUCAAGUUUUGAAUUACUUGAAGAAGGCGAAUAAGAAGAUGCCGAAUCUGAAAAUUUUGCAUAUGGGCAAUAAUAAGGUCCGCGAACUUUCCCAGUUAGAUACUCUGCAGGAAUUACAAAUAGUUGAUCUUGUUCUUGAUGGAAAUCCACUUUGUAAUAAGUUCAGAGAUCAAGAACAAUACAUAAGUGAAGUUCGGAAGAGGUUCCCGAAGUGCAUGAAAUUGGAUGGCGUAGACCUCCCGCCCCCCAUCAGCUUCGACAUAGCCGAAGAACACCACAUGCCUGCCCACCAGCAAACCUUCUUGUGCAACGUGGAGGGCGGUACCACCGUGCGCCGCUUCCUCGAGCAGUACUUCCUCAUCUACGACACGGAGAACAGGCAGCCGCUGUUGCAGGCGUACCACGAACACGCCGUCUUCUCGAUGACCAUGGCGUACCCUUAUGGGUACGGCAAGGAGAAGACCGUGCCGUGGCUGAACUGGUACGCAACCGACAACAGGAACUUGUUGCGACUGCAGGACCCGGAGAGGCGGGCGAAGUUGCUGAAACAGGGCCAGCUGUCGGUCGUGUCGUUUUUGCAGGAGAUGCCGCAAACGAAGCACGAUAUACAUAGCUUUACUGUCGAUUUGACCCUCUUUACGCCUCUGAUGUUAUGUCUCACAGUCACUGGUAUGUUCAAAGAGCUGAAGAGCGGUCACAAGAUACCUCCUCUGCGAUACUUCAUCAGAACCCUUGUGAUAGUGCCUGCUGGUUCAGGUUUUUGUAUAUCAAAUGAAGUACUCCACGUGACGAAUGCAAUACCUGACCAAGCAAAGGAAGCCUUCAAAACUACAAUACACACAGUGAAUUCGCAACCGCAACCUAUAGCCAACGUGUCCUCACCGGGCCCCAGUGUGCCCGUGGCUGCACCCCAACAUCCACCAGCCCCUCAAAUCGUACCUGAUGACGCCACCAAACAUGAAAUGGUCAAGCAGAUGGCGGCACAGUCCGGGAUGAACCUCGAAUGGUCCUUGAAAUGUUUGGAAGAAACACAAUGGGAUUAUCAAAGAGCUAGUUUAGUUUUCCAAAAUUUGAAUGCUCAAGGGAUUGUACCCCCUCAAGCUUUCGUUAAAUGAUACCUGGAUUAUAUUUAUGAUCCAGUGUAAAGUUUUUCAAUAUUUAUAAUGUUAUUUUUAGUUUAGCGUGAAAGUGAAUAUAUUUAGUUAUUUAAUAAAAAUGUGCUGGCAUCUAUAGUAAAAAAAUCAUAUUGAUUUGAAAAAACCAAAAAAACAACAUAGAAUUUGUUAUUGACGAGAUAUACCCAGCCUGGGCUUAUUUUUGUAUACUGAUGAAAAUUUUAUUCCUCACUAUAUCUAGGACUUCAUUAUGGGGCAUAUUUCGUCAUAUGUUUUGAGGAAAAUUAACUCGUAUGCCUUUUUUGCAUGAUGACCUCCUUAUGAAUAUAGUGAUAAUGUAUCUCAUUGUUUAUUGUUUAUAUUAUUCCCCGAUUCACAAUACAAAAUAGGUAGUAUUGGCCUGAUUUGAACAAUUUUUUGUUGAAAUAGAAACAUUCAAGACCUCGAAAAUGCAUAUGAGCUUUCUUAAUCUUGUUUUUUUCUUGGACACGGUUGCAAUGAAAACAUCUGCAUGUGCAUCUAUUCAAAAUUUUUUCAACUGAUCUUUUUCAAAUUACAGAACCAAAUUAGUUUCACCCAUAAAACCAAAUGGAUGUCCUAAAGUUAUUCAACCACAAAUAAUUAUAUAAUCAAGAAGGUGUAACUAGUUUCGGCCACCACCAAUCAUCAGACAUAAAAUAAAUAUGUAGUUAUUUAAAAGAGGUUACAGUGAUGAAAACAUCAACUAUGUGAUGGGGAAUAAUGGGUGAUUAGAUUGAAUUGACAUUCAGCUUCGUCCUUAGUUUGAAUACUGAAUCGUUCAUUUCCAUGAGUUGAUUCGUAAAUAGGAAGUCUAAAGUGAAUGUCAGUUACAACAAACAACUGUUAUAAAACAUGAAUAUAUCAUGUCUUCGAGAAGCUGAUCAUUCGUGAAGUUCAUUAUUUUUCAAGUUGCUAGUUGAUUUUUUUUUCUAGUACAAGCCUAAAUUUCACCUACUACUAUGUCUUAUCAUUUUCCUCAAUUUUAUCUAGUACAUUAGGUAACAGAGCGACGUCUCAUUGAUGUCAGUUUUUGGUCACAAAAUAAUGACGGAGAGGACAUCCUAAAAUUAUGUCACACCACACCCUAUGUAUUGGGGUGACUUGAUCGAUGGUCCCUAUGGGUAGUUGUGCUCUUAGUGCUCAUCCCUGGCGCUACCAUUUGUUGGUGUGUAUGUACACACUAACUGGCCAUCGACCUUAGGAGAGAUCAAUCAGACAUAUGUGUUCUGUUUAGGCUUUGUUACUCAUUCCAUACGCCACCUUGGGAGCAGCUCUGUUAAUUGGAACGCAACAGUGAAUCGCACGGAAUCAUCUCCGGCCGAGGCUACGAAAAUUAAUUUUUUGCUCGUCUUAUGAAUAUAAAUUGUCGAGUCUGGUUACUAGUGGAGCGUUCAACCCACUGCGCUACUCCGCCGUCUACAUCUGUAUAUUGAUUUAUUAGCUUCUAAAAUUAUGUAGCGAGCGGCCGCGAGAUGUCAGCGGACUAAAAGUAAUUUGACAGAAAUGUAACGAAAGUUGACGAAUGAAUCUAUAAACGUUAUUGAGAAACGUAUAUUCAAACUCUGAUUUCGUGGAAUUGACGAAAGAAAACGACUGACUCUCAUUCGGUCGAACAGAAGGAUGCACGACUGUAGGGUCGUUACGAUUCCUAGUAUUGUCAAUAUAUCGUGAUGAAAUAUGACAUCUUCUUAAGUCAUCCUACUUCUGCUACCUAAGUAAAAACCAUCAGCUGUAACGUUACUUUUCGUUCAAUGUCAGAUGACAGAAAAGUCAUCAAACGAGAAUAAUAAUUGAAAGCAACUCAUCAAAUUAGUAGACUUCUUAUUAUUUCCUACUUUUGUAUAUCAACCAAACUGUAUAUCAAUCUCCUGUCUAGACUUAAAGAUACAUGAAUGAUCGGAAUCGUCCCUUUUAUUUCCUUGUUAUUAUAAAAAAGGCAUACAAGCAACAUGAGGAAAUAAUAUUUUGGCGUCGCUAAUGAUGAUAUUAUCUCAGUUAGUCCUAUACCUACUGUUAGCUUUGAUUAUUUACUCUUGUAACAAGAUGAUCCACUUAUUGAAUCCAUAUUCUGCCUAAGUUUGGCACCUACCGAAUCGAAUUUCCGGCUUCAUAGGGAUGGUUCAACUUGUUAUGAUGUAACUAAUUAAAGCUGUUAGUAAAUCCUAAGAUCAAGGAAUCGAAUGAUCAGUUAUCAAUUUUUUUUAGUGAUUCAAUGAGGUUGAUGAAUCCCUUAUUGUAGUUGUUGGAUUAUAUAAUUUAUGAGGAACAUAUCUGUAUGUAAUAAACCGAAAUGUAUAUUACAUUUCCUAUAUUCCAAUAUUUUCUUGGUCGUUAGCUGCAAUAGAAUUAUUGAAAAAUGGAAACUUGAUUUUGUCGAAGUCCUCAGUCUGUCAAAAUUCUUGUUCAAGUGCUCAUGUUAUUAAUCCUUGAAAUCUGUAGCUCAGAAACAAGAUGUCUGUUUUUAAUAAGGAUAUAGGCUCUCCAAGUUUCAAUGCCUAACACGAAAGUUUUAUGAUUGUUCAAUCAGAAUUUUAUUUACUUUGAUUAUUAUUAUUUAUUUCCGAACAAGAAUAGGGCGAAUGAAAUCUCUUCAUGAGCAUUCAGUUUGCCAUUUUAUUUUAAUAAAUUUGGUCGAUUCUAAUUUCAAAUUUAUUCAAUUGGCAUAGACUUUCAUCAUUUGCCCCAUUGUUGUUCUGAAGACAAUUUACACUGAAGAAAACACGAACAUGAAUAUACCGGGUCACCAUGUGGAAUGAUAAACCCCUGAAGUUUGCUGUGUUUUUGAGAUAAAAAAUUGAUAUUUGGACAACCGCUAUGGCGUUCCUGUUUUACGUUUUCGAUUUAACUGAAAGUGAAUACAUCUUUUCUUUUUCAAGUGAAACGGAUGUAUUGAGAUUCAUAAAGAGCUGAACAUUUCUAAAUUGAUAAUUGAAAUAGAAUAGAUACUUUUUUUGAAUUGAAUCGGCCGUUACUUGAUGGAAAUCCAUAGCAAAUUUAAAAAUUUC